GUGUGUGUGUGUGUGUGUGUGUUUGUGUGUGUGUUUGUGUGUAUGGGCGUGGGUGCGUGUGUGUGCGUGUGCGUGUGUGUUAUUUAUCGUUUAUAUAGUGAUCUGUUUGAGGAUUUAAUAGUUUUGUAUGUUAUCAGAUAUCCUGCGACAGCUCCUACGGAAACACGUAACCGGACAACGGUCUGUAUCGCUAAACGCGCUUUAUACUCCCCGGUUACACGCGAUGAAGAUCUAUUUAUGACAGUGGACCAUACACGAGGAAACGAAAGUAAAACCAGACACAGUCAAGUAAGUGUAUCUCGCAUUUUAGAUGCUCGACUAUCGCUCAUUAUCACAGAGAUAGCUUUGUUGAAACAGAGGAACAUGAUGACUGAACUUCAUUUUAGAGAAGUAAGGAACGGUGUAGCCUUAUCUCAAAGCGGCAGCCCAGUGGUCGUUGAUGUGGCAUGUAACGAGAACGUGUUUGAGAUGUUGGAUAAGGAAGAGAAGGUUGAGGAGAUAGAAACCUUGUUCUGCAUCCAUUGGGAGCACAGCCCAGAUGUUACAUACGUCCUCUCCUCAGUGACUCUCAGCAUGAACUCUCAGGCACAGGUGGACUUGCAACAUGAGUUGGCCAAAUCACUUGCUCGAAACACAACCAUGCUGCAACAGUUCAUAUCUGACCUGUUCAAGAGUUUCCAUGCCAAGUUGGUUGCUGUCAAAUAUGCUCCUCUCAGAUUCAUACUGCUACACAAAGACAAAGAGUCGCUUACCUCAAUGGCUCGGAAUUCAAGUGUCUUGCAGGCAAUAUUCAAAGAGAUGAUGUCCACUUGCUGUAGCACACUGCCUCAGGUGCAGCUGAGGAUGAAGUUGUUCAACUCAUCACUUCCUCCCUGUGCUGAAGUAAAGCGCGAGUGUUUCUUCCAAUCAGACAACGAGUUCCGCACAGACUCCAUGUACAUGUCGUAUCUGCCGUCUAUGCACAGGGCAGUAUCUACAGAUACAAUACUACAUGACAUCGAAGCCGAAGACAAUAAGGAAUCCAUAGAUAAGCGUUUUGGAUCCUUAGAGCAUGAGAUAUCCGAGCACAGAAGGGUAAUUGAGGCCCAGAUCAGGGAGCAGAGAGAACAAAGCGAUGAAAUCAGAGAGGCUCUGUCAAUGAUCACACAGCGCAUAAGAAGAGACUCGAAGAAGGAUGCACAGCAAAUAGCUGAAGGUCAACUUGUGUUGGUCACUGAACCGAUAAAAUCAAGCGAGCGUUCCUUGGAAACAACCCCCGUCAUCAAAGGGUCUACGAAAGGGCUUGAAAUCAAGAAAGAAACCGUCACUACAAAGCCACAAACACACUUAGAGUUGAAAUCAUCUACAGUGUGCACGAAUGACGUCAAAGCCCCACUAUCUGAUGUGGAGAAAGAAAGUUCUGAAAAUCAAUCAAAUGGAAUUCAGCCCUUUACUGAUGUUGAUGAAAUAGAUGAUGACCACCGAAAAUCCCAACAUGACAUCGAAAGAGUAGGAGGACUGUCAGAUAGCAAACUAAGAGAGGAGAAACUCAAAGAAAAACCUCAUGAUCGGGAACAUGAUGCAGGGAAGGAGUCCAAUGAAAUUAGAAGGUCUGCAUGUCCCGGUGACAAGCCGAUCCUCGAAGUAACAGGGAAGACAAUGGAAGUACUAGCUGCUAUCAAAUCAGCCCUUGCCAAACAUUAUGAAGUGGGCAAUAUCUGGGAAUGUGUGGAGAAGACUUUAGGAGAAGAAGGUCCCCAGUAUCCAAAAGCUAGGGGCGUCAUGAAUACCGUCCUAUGCCUUGACACAUCAUCCAGUAUUGGGGAAGAGGGGCUUAGGGCCAUGAAGCAUUAUCUAGCAGCGUUUAUUGAUGGCAUAGAAGAAACUGCAGAGGAGUUGGAACAGGAGGAAAAUAUCGCUAUUGUGACAUUUGGAGGUGGGGCCUCAGCUUUACAUCCCUUAUCGAAUGACUAUGGCAGUCUGAGAGAUGCAAUAGAGGAUAUCCAGUGUGGCGGAUCUUCUCCUCUACUUCAAGGACUGCUGGUCAGUGUUGCAGCACUAGCUAUCGGGCAGCACGGCGAUAGUGUGGAGACAUCUCAACCCUCGCGGAUCAUUGUGAUGACAGACGGUCUGGUGUCCGGGGAAAGAGCAUCUUCUGACAUUGACACAAAAACCACAUGUUUAACCCAGCAGGACAAGAACCGGCUUGUGUCAACAUUAAGGAUUUUACGACCGAAGGAGAGCCUAUGCAAGGAGUUCGACGCCAUGGUGUGGAUCCCUGUAGGCGAUGCAAACACGACAUUUCUACAAGACAUGGUCACUUGGUCAGAUGGGAAGCUUUUGAAUGGAAAGGAGAUCCAAAGCCUCUGUCGCCAUCGGGGUCAUCAGAGAGAUCCAGGGAAGAGAGCGUCACCAUUGUCGUCAUUUGGGGGAGCACGAAAUACCGAAGGAAUGUCAGAUACCAAAGAAGCAGAUGAGACAUCUCUACAAGACACUGUCACUCGUUCGGAUGGAAAGGGCUUAGAGGAAACGGAAAUGCCAAGCGGCUCUACCCACCGGGACAUUCAGAGCGAUUCGGUGAACAGCGCGACAUCCUUGUCAUCCGAAGCUGGGAAAACAUCGCCAACCUUAGCAGCUGAGAAGAUAGAUCCAGGGAACAGUGCGCUACCACUGUCUUCAUUUGGAGUAGCCCGAAAUACCGAAACAAUGUCAGAUGCCAAAGAGGCGGAUAAGUAUGGGCCGGCCAGUAGGGUGGAUGUCGGGGCACGUAGGAGUGACCGCAGAGCAACUGAUGUGUUUGACAACAUCUACGAGUCAGAAGGUCUACCCAGCCUUGGAUCACGAGUAGUGAGGGGCGCGGACUGGAAGUGGGAUGACCAGGACAUGGGGGUGCCUGGCACUAUUACCAACCAUGGAGAAGGAAAGUCUGUCUGGGUUGCGUGGGACCAUGGCGAGUGCAACAGGUACAGGUAUGGGCUAGGCGGACACUCCGACGUAAAGGUUGUGGACGACCAACCAAGGUCCCCGAGAAGAGACGGCCGAAUUCAGAUCGGAAUGCAGGUUGAAAGAGGCGCAGACUGGCAACAGAAGUAUAAUGAUGACGAUGGCGGAUCUGGAAGCUACGGGACAGUGAUUAGACGACAGGCUGACAGAGUGAUGGUGAAAUGGAGAACGGGAAAGACGCGUGAAUACAGAUAUGGACUCGGUGGCAAGUUUGAUUUAUGUGUUCGAGAUCCAGUUGCUUGUUUGGUGGAACAAACAACAAAACAACAGACCCUCGCUCAAAGUGACCAGCAACGCACUGCACCAACAGACGGAGUGCCGAAGAAAAAAGGGGCAAGUGACAGAAACAGGGCAAGGCAUGUGUGGCAGUGGCUGAAUGGUGAUGGUGUAUGGAUAACGUAUUCUGAUGAGCACAAUAUCAAACUCAGUAGCUCAUAUGAAAAUAAAAAGGAUGGACAUUGCAUGAUCGAAAAGGAUGGUAAAAGAUUCCUCGUAUUAUUCGAGCAUUCUGUAGAAAAAUCACUGACAGACAGAUUCACGAGGAAGGUGCGAAAAUAUCCGAUUGAUUAAAGAAAGAAGCUACACACUUGUCCGUAUCUUUUUCUGUGUUUCCCAUCUCUCGCCCGCCCUGAAUUGUCAUCCGACGUGAAACAAUAAAAAGGUUUCUUAUCUCGGUUUUCCCCGCCUAUGUAGAAAUUUAUGCCCCGAGGAGAUAAAAAAAGAUACUCCUACCAUUGCACAUUCAUUAAAACCAAGUUCAUAUUUAUCUUUCUUCGGCUAUAUUCAUUAAAAAUUUCGAAGCAAAGCGAUUCGAUCUUCAUAAUGAAUUAAUUUAAAGACUAUUACCAGUUAUAGCUAAAAUGGAUAGAAUUAUCACAUUAUCACAAUUAUCACCCGCAUGUUAUCAGAAAUCAGCGGGCCACAGUAACUUGAUCAUGCCCUCAUAUUGCUUGACGAUGGGCCAUUAUCACGCCCGUUGUUAGGUUACGUCAUAGGGUAGGGAUAGGUGACGUCCCGUUCAAUAGUGACGUCUUCUUGAUUGUUCUAUGACGUUUCCAUUUUUAUAAAAGUCGGUCAGUGACAUUCGUGUUGAUUGCAGUAAAUGUUUCAAAACCGAUAUUGUUGUUUCUUUUUAUUUGAUAACAAUCCAUCAUCCAUUUAUCUUAUCAUCCAUUUUAGCUAUAAUAACGGUAACGCUCUUUUUCAGGGCAUAAUCAUUUACAGAAGCCCUCGGUCUUUUCAACUGCCUUCCUGAGACGGGGAGUUAAUGUAAGACCUUGGGCUUCUGCAAAUGAUAAUGCCCUGAAAAAUAGCGUUACCCUCAUAAUGUUCUAAACUUCAAAAGUUUAUUACAUGCGUUAAUCAAUCAGUGAAAACCAAGUUUUUAUUUUUAUAUUUAUUUUUUUCGUCCGCCCACUCUCCUGCUGGUUAAGGUUGGAGAUGAGAAACACAUAAAAAAGUCUGGAUGGCCUAAGCAAGAUGACAGAGGUAUUGAUCCCCGAUCGAAGUGACAGUCCGUGUUGUUUACCCUAUACGCUGGCUUGUCUGUGCUCCUUACACUGACACGAGGAGAAUGUAAUAUACCGUGUUGUGUUUCAAAUACCACUGACAGAUGAGUUACAUGUGUUACCUCCCCUGGUGUACAUUAUACUUCAACAUGUGUGUUUCGAAGGAUUCCAUCGCUCCUUUAUAUAAGUAAAAUUGUGUAUGUACUAUUAAGUUUCUAUGUAUUUCUGAAUGGUGUAGCACCUAUUAGUCGUAUGAAGCUCGAUAUAAGAUGUAUGUGUUUUCAAAUUUGACUACUCACCCUAUCCAGGGCAAAUUUUGUGUUUGUGAACACAACACUCUCUGCCAGUAAUCGUUAAGUCGUGAUGUAUAUGCUUCAUCUUUAUAAUUUCAAAACUGGAAUCUGCUGUUUGAUUAUGCAUGCUGUUAAUAACAUUUUAUUACUUGAUACGAUGAAAUUUAUUUGAAUAAAUACAAUAAAAUAUUA